CUUUCUCAAGUUGUAAAGAUAUAUUCAGAACAGUUUGUUCUCUCGUCGAAAUCGGACUCAUGUAAUUUGUAUUAAAAGUGUGCAAAAAUGACGGUGACUUACACCUCCAGUGUGAGCACUUCGAGUGUUAUAAAUAAUUUCCUAGGCUUGCUGGUCAGAUGGCGUGGUAGUAUCUACAAGUUGGUCUGGCGUGAUUUGCUAGUGUUUCUAGGAAUAUAUGUCUUACUGGCCAUUGUCUAUCGUCUACUAAUUAAUGACGAGGCUAAAAAAUUCUUCGAGGCUAUAGCCCUGUAUUGCGGUAGUAAUGCUUCACUAAUUCCCUUGUCCUUUGUCCUGGGAUUUUAUGUGUCAAUUGUAAUGAAACGAUGGUGGGAUCAAUAUUCAACAAUCCCUUGGCCAGAUGCUAUUGCCAUUUUGGUCUCCACUAGUAUCCAUGGCUUUGAUGAUCGUGCCAGGGCCAUGAGGCGAACAAUCUUGAGAUACGUGUGCCUCUGCCAGGUUAUAGUCUUUACUAUGAUUUCCCCUCGAGUGAAGCGUCGCUUUCCCACCUAUGAACAGAUAAUUGAGGCUGGUUUCUUGUUGGAAAACGAGAAAAGCAUCAUUGCUACCCUGGAUUUGGCAUUUCCUUUGUAUCCGAAGCAUUGGAUGCCCAUUGUCUGGGCUGCCAGUAUAGUGAUGCGUGCCAGAAGGGAGAAUAAGAUUCGGGAUGAUUAUGCCGUAAAGACAAUCAUUGAUGAAUUGAACAAAUUUCGUGGUUAUUGUGGCUUUUUGCUAUACUACGAUUGGGUCAGUGUUCCUUUGGUUUACACCCAAGUGGUGACCCUGGCUGUGUUUUUCUUUUUCCUAUGCAAUAUAUUGGGACAACAGUGGACAGAGGCACCCAAGGCAGAGGGAGGAUUUAAUGUGGUUAAGUGGUUUCCCAUCCUUACACUCCUACAGUUUUUCUUCUACAUGGGUUGGCUUAAGGUGGCCGAGAGCCUAAUCAAUCCCUUUGGCGAAGACGAUGAUGACUUUGAGCUUAAUUGGAUUAUCGAUCGAAAUAUUACCGUGUCAUACUUUAUUGUGGAUGGAAUGCAUCAGGAACAUCCCGAACUGGUUAAGGAUCAGUAUUGGGAUCAAGUUUUUCCAAAUGAACUGCCUUACAAUGUCCAAGGCAUGAGAACCAAUCCGCCGGAGGCUUCUACUGCCCACAUGGAACCCCCUAAGAAACGUCGUGGAUCAUUAAUAUCUACCCCCAGUGGUAUUCGUUUACCGGAAUUCUAUAAUCUCUUCCUGGGAAGACCAUCGGCCAGUGGGAGUUACACGGAUUCCUUUACCAUUCCGGAGGCUCCUUCGCGGAUUACUUUUAGUGCUGGCUCGACUAUAUCGCAGCAAUCGGAACCUCAGAGCUCUGUUCCAUCUUCACGAUCCACAAUUGAUUUCAAUGAGCUAAUGGAGCAGCGUCGUCGGGAGCGUAGAGAUCGUAUGCGUCAUCGUUUUCUGGACAUGAAGACAACCCAGUUACGAUAUGCUCCCUCUGGGGCUCCUUACAAGAUCACAGUGCUGCAUCCUCCCUCCGAGGAAGUUAUUCCAGAGGAGGAAAAGGAAACUUCCGCAACAAACACCACAAAAUCGAACAUAUCAGAGGCAUAAUUAAUGAGAUAACAAAAUGGGUUUUGGGGUCAUUUAUAAAUAUUUAUCUAGAUAUUAAAAUGAUUAUAAAAUUUAA